AAAAACACUUUGACCGGCAAAGUUGCCACACGGAAUUUCUUCUUGUGCAUCGGUAAAACGCCAGAAAUGAGUGUUUUUCCCGGUUUUCCUUGAAAAACUAGCGGAGACAAUUGCGGCUGAUUGAUAGGCAAUUAGCGAAAGUGGAUGCUGUUGAUGUUGCAAGCGAAGAGCAACAACUGUUUGUGCAUAAAUAACCCAAAGCAACAACCGCCGGCCCAAGUGUCAUUAACCUAAUUGCCGCAAAAGAAGCCACCGCACCACUUUCGGCCAGCCGAAUAAAAAAAUCCACGGCCAUAAAUAAGAGGAGCAAAGGAAGCAACGUGCAACGUGUUGCAAUAAAAACAAAUUUGCAUAAAACAGUUGAGCCAUCAACAUACGUAGCUCCUUGCUGGACAACCAGCGACUGCGGGCUGUAGUAAAAACUUUAAGAAGCACUUUCCCUCCUGGAGCUGCAAGUUUUCCAUUGCGUCGACGCGACGCUGCCCUUAGCAAUUGCUGCCAUUUUGACCACAACAAACCGAGCACGCAAGGUGAGCCAAGUCAGCCAGUCAGAGCCAGGUGAAAGCCUUAGGAAAACCUUAAGAAAAGCUUAAGAGAACGCUGACGUGAGUGUGCAGGACACACACCAACACCAGGACAAUGUCCAACGAAGAGAACGACGAGUACAUGGCCAGCUUGAGUCAGGCCCAGAACGGCGAGGAUGAGGUCGAUGGAGGGGGUGGCGGCGGCGGUGGGGGGACGGCUGGCAGUAACGAGUCCGUUCUGGGCGGCCAAACAAUGCCACAAAUUAGUCCGAACGCACCGCUCGAGGGAAACGUUUCGCCGACGCCGCCGCCGCCGACGCAGCCCCAUUUGGAUGAUAAUCUCCACAACGGCAACGGCUCCACCAGCAGCAACAUCAUCAACAAGCACGCCAGCAACAGCAACAUUCCCAACAGCAACAUCAACGGCAACGGCAACUUCAAUCAGAGCGAAAGCAAUCGCAGCAGUCCUGCCAAGAGUCCCAAGCGUCCGGUUUCCUCCAGCUUCCGGAUUCAGAACGCCCAGUUCGAUAAUGACGAGGAGGAUUUAGCAGCCGGUGAGCAGGUGGCAGGUGGCGAUCGCCAUUUGCCGGAUUACUGGCAGCAAAGGAACGGCGGCGUGCAGCCAGCAACCAGUGGCCGCCAGAGCCGGGCCAUCAGUCCCGGUUAUCUGGACAACAUGAGCGAGAACUCCGAACAGCCGCCGGUGGUGCCGCUGGUGCGGUCCAAAUCCCGUCCAGAAAUCUCCAGUGCAGCGGCCUCUCGCUACAAUAAUUUAUCCUAUUGGAAGGCUCGUCGUGUGGUUUUCUACCGGAAUGGAGAUCCCUUCUUUCCCGGUGUGGAACUGCGUUAUCGUCCCGGAAGAGAUGUCACCUCGCUGGACAACCUCCUGGAUAAGAUUUCACCCAAGAUGGAUUUGCCACGGGGUGCCCGGUAUGUGUUCUCCAUGGACGGGGAUCGAAAGUACCACCUGGACGAGCUGGAGGAUGGAGCCUUCUAUGUCGUCUCCUCGUUCAAGGCCUUCAAGCCUGCCAGCUACGGCAAGAAGAACGGGAUGUGGUAUGCAUCGCCUGGAAAUCAGGGAUGGGGCUCCAAGCCCGCCAGUCGGAAGCCCUCAAUAAUGGAAGCGGAUUUGGGCACAUUAUCGACCACAUCAGGCUCGAUAAAGCGCAGCGCCGGCCGUGUGAUACGCAUCAUCAAUAAUUUGGAUCAUUCGGUGCAGUGCCGCGUUUUGUUGAACCUACGCACCUCGCAACCAUUUGAGGAAGUGCUCGAGGAUUUGGGUCAAGUGCUGAAAAUUAACGGAGCAAAGAAAAUGUACACAGGCACUGGCCAGGAGGUCCGCAGUUUCUCUCAGUUGCGGAAUGAGUUCGCCGAUGUGGAUACCUUCUAUUUGGCAACGGGAACGGCCUUGAUCGCCGGCUCCCCCAUCCGGCGCUCCCGAUCCCGCCCCUCGGUGGUGGCCGCCGCCCCCAUUCUCCCCACGGACGAGCUGCCCAAGGUGCCGCUGCGAGGAGCUCGACCGCGGAGCAAGAGCCGACCCCGAAUCCUUUACGCUCCGGAGAGCGAGAUCCUGCGGCCGAACGGCGAGUACACGAUGCUGGACAUCAUGAAGGAGGAGCCCACCAAGGUCACGAUCCGGGGGCUGCGCCGCACCUUCUAUCCGCCCGUCCACCACGCGCCGGCGGACAACUCCCCGCCGGACAAAAAGCUGCAGCUCCAAUGGGUCCAUGGCUACCGCGGCAUCGAUGCGCGGCGCAAUCUCUGGGUUCUGCCCUCCGGGGAGUUGCUCUACUACGUGGCCGCAGUGGCCGUGCUCUUCGAUCGCGACGAGGAUGCCCAGAGGCACUACACGGGCCACACCGAGGAUAUCAUGUGCAUGGACGUACAUCCCUCCAGAGAGCUGGUGGCCUCCGGCCAAAAAGCAGGACGGGAUCGUAAGUCGCAGGCACACGUUCGCAUCUGGAGCACCGAAUCCCUGCAGACGCUCUACGUCUUUGGGAUGGGCGAACUUGACAGCGGCGUAACUGCGGUGGCCUUCUCGCAGCUGAACGGAGGCAGCUACAUACUGGCCGUGGACAGCGGACGCGAGAGCAUCCUGUCCGUGUGGCAGUGGCAGUGGGGUCACCUGCUGGGCAAAGUGGCCACCCUGCAGGAGGGACUCUCGGGGGCGGCCUUCCACCCGCUGGACGAUAAUCUCAUCAUCACCCACGGACGAGGUCACCUGGCCUUCUGGCACCGGCGCAAGGAUGGCUUUUUCGAGCGCACGGACAUCGUGAAGCAGCCGUCGCGCUCCCAUGUCACCAGUGUCCAGUUCGAGCCGGAUGGUGAUGUUAUCACCGCCGAUUCCGACGGCUUCAUCACCAUCUACUCGGUGGACUCGGAUGGCGCCUAUUUCGUGCGCACCGAGUUCGAGGCCCACAACAAGGGCAUCGGCUGUCUGAUCAUGUUGGGUGAGGGCACUCUGCUCUCUGGCGGUGAGAAGGAUCGCAAGAUUGCCGCCUGGGACUCCCUGCAGAACUACAAGAAGAUAGCGGAUACCAAGCUCCCCGAGGCCGCCGGAGGGGUGCGCACCAUCUACCCGCAGCGACCGGGUCGGAACGACGGGAACAUCUACGUGGGGACCACGCGGAACAACAUCCUCGAGGGAUCGCUGCAGCGCCGCUUCACCCAGGUGGUGUUCGGCCACGGGCGGCAGUUGUGGGGCUUGGCCGCCCAUCCGGACGACGAGCUGUACGCCACCGCGGGGCACGACAAGCACGUGGCCCUCUGGCGCAAGAACAAGCUCAUCUGGACGAUCCAGACGGGUUACGAGUGCGUCGCGCUGGCCUUCCACCCCUUCGGCACCCUGGCCGCCGGCAGCACCGAGGGUCAUCUGCUGGUCAUCAACUGCGAGAACGGGGCGGUCAUGCUGACCCUCAGGGUCUGCGGGUCGCCCCUCAACUGCGUCGCCUACAACCAGGUUGGCGACAUGAUUGCCAUGGGCUCGCAGAACGGCAGCAUUUACCUGUUCCGCGUGUCGCGCGACGGCUUCUCCUACAAGAAGGUGAACAAGAUCCGGGGAUCGCAGCCGCUGACCCACCUGGACUGGAGCAUGGAUGGCAACUUCGUGCAGACGGUGACCAUCGACUUCGACCUGCUCUUCUGGGACGCCAAGUCUUUGUCGCCAGAGCGCAGUCCCAUCGCCAUGAAGGACGUCAAGUGGCUGACCAACAACUGCACCGUGGGAUUCCUGGUGGCGGGUCAGUGGAGCAACCGCUACUACAGCACCACCAACACCAUCGUCGCCACCUGCAGUCGCUCCGCCGCCCAUGACAUGCUCGCCUCUGGCGACGCCGAGGGUUAUCUGCGAUUGUUCAGGUACCCCUGCAUCUCGCCGCGCGCCGAGUUCCACGAGUCGAAGGUGUACUCCGGGAUGCUGGCCUGCGUCCGGUUCCUGUGCGGCGACCACACGCUCAUCACCGUCGGCGGCACAGACGCGUCGCUGAUGGUGUGGGACAUUGUCGAGGAAUAGCUGA